AUGAAGUGGACUCCUGAGAAAGACCAACUGCUCCUCCUCAAAAUCCUCGAAACCCACUCCCUCUCCGUCGACGCCAAACGCGUAGCCGAAGCAUGGCCUAAAUCCCUCGGCCCGGAUAUGCCCACCCCCCGCGCCAUCUCCGAACGCCUCGUUCGCAUGCGCAACACUGCCCGCGAGUCCAGCGGCGAAAACGGUCACUUCUCCAUCGGAAAGGGGCUCAAGAACGGCAGUCCAAUGGCCAAAUCAACCACCAAUGUCGCCUCCAGCCCUGCUUCUGUCUCUACUCCUCAGACGCUGCGCAUCAGUAAUGCCAGGAAAGGAUUUUCUUUGAAGAGAAAGCGCGAUGACGAUGAUGAUCUCGAUGAGGAUAGAGAAGAGGGGGAGUAUACGCCUACCCCUAUCAAGGUGAAGGGGGAUGGUGGUAGUGAUACUGAGAUUGAAAUUGGGUUGGAGACGCCUAGCAAGACCGUGAAGGGGAAGGGUGUGAGCGCGAGGUCCUCUGCUCAGCUGAAGAAGGAGGUGAUUGAUUUGGAAAGCGAGGCGGAUGUGGCCCCCGUGAAGCGUGUCCGGAAGGCCAGUUCGCUUGCGCCUGGAAUGGUGGAGUGGAAGGAUGAAGAGGAUGACGGGGAGGGGGAGAGCUCGGCGAGUGAGUAUAUGCCGAAGGGGGAGGGAGAGGGGGCGGGAGUUGAUAGUGGUGAAGAGUUUGAUGAUGGUGAUUUGUACGAUGCUUAG